AUGGACGUGGACGUGGACGUGGACAUGGACGUGGACGUGAACGUGGACGUGAACGUGGACAUGGACGUGGACUUGGACGUGGACGUGGACAUGGACGUGGACGUGGACAUGGACGUGGACGUGGACGUGGACGUGGACAUGGACGUGGACGUGGACGUGGACGUGGAUAUGGACGUGGACGUGGACGUGCAUGUGGACAUGGACGUGGACGUGGACGUGGACAUGGAUGUGGACGUGGACGUGGACGUGGAAGUGGAUGUGGACGUGGACGUGGACAUGGAAGUGGCAAGGACGUGGACGUGGACGUGGACGUGGACAUGGAAUGGCAAGGACGUGGACGUGGACAUGGACGUGGACGUGGACAUGGACGUGGAUGUGGACGUGGACGUGGACGUGGACAUGGACGUGGACAUGGACGUGGACGUGGACGUGGACGUGGACGUGGACGUGGACAUGGACGUGGACCCAUGGUCGUGGACGUGGUCGUGGAUGUGGACGUGCAUGGACGUGGACGUGGACGUGGACGUGGACGUAGACUUGGACGUGGACAUGGACGUGGACGUUAACGUGGUCGUGGUCGUGGACAUGGUCGUGGACGUGGACGUGGUCGUGGACGUGGACGUGGACGUAGACGUGGACAUGCAUGUGGACGUGGACGUGGACAUGGUCGUGGACAUGGUCGUAGACGUCGACGUGGACGUAGACGUGGAUGUGGACGUGUUUGUGGACGUGGACGUGGACGUGGACGUGGACGUCGACGUGGACGUGGACAUGGACGUGGACGUGGACGUGGACGUGGACAUGGACGUUGACAUGGACGUGGACGUGAACGUGGACGUGGACGUGGUCGUGGACGUGGACGUGGACAUAAACGUGGACGUGGACGUGGCGUGGACGUGGACGUGGACGUGGACGUGGACAUGGACGUGGACGUGGACGUGGACGUGGACGUGGACAUGGACGUGGACGUGGACGUGGACGUAG